UUUACAUCUUAUGUGUGUAUAUUAUAGUAUAUCAUAGUAAUAAUAAUAAUAGUAUUAGUUGAUUUAGCUUAACACAGUAAGGCACUUAGACCAUGGAAACCAGGUUAACGGUAACGUCACAAUUUAUUAGUGAUGGCCGUGCUAUGGGGUACGAAGGGGAAAGGCUAGAGAAAUAUGUGAAGGAACGGAAAGCUGAAUAUGAUAGAGAUAAGGAAGAGGCGAAGGCAGAAGAAGAGGCUAGAAAGAAAGAGGCGAAGGCAGAAGAAGAGGCUAGAAAGAAAGAGGCGAAGGCAGAAGAAGAGGCUAGGAAGAAAGAGGAAGAAGAGAGAUUUCAACGUGAUGAGAAGGCCAAACGCGAGGAGCACGAAAGAUGGAAGGAGAGAGAUGCCAAGGAGUCAAUCAAGAGGAAAGAGGAGUUGGAACUGGCUAGGCUUAAAGAAAAGUCUGCGCCAGAGGCAGGCUGGGCGGCAGGACAGUCAGGGGAUGUGCGAUACAAGAAUGUCUUAGACAGGCUUGACAAGAGUUUCCAGGGAAUGAAAGAUGAUGACGACCUCCUAGCUUACCUAACACACUUUGAGGCCGUUGCAGCAAGGUGCAAAAUAGAGAGAAAAGAGUGGUCCUUGCUGUUGUCAUAUAAACUGACCACCGCACUCAGAAACUUCAUGCUAAGGGACAGUCUGUUCCUUAGCGAGAAUUAUGAAGAAGUCAAGACUGCACUUCUUCGCCAUGCAGAUAUCAACGCGGAAACCUGCCGCAAAAGAUUCCAUCUCGUGAGACCAAGUCAAAACGACUUUAGGAGAUAUGUAACAGAAUUGAGAACAGCAUUAGACAAUUGGUGCAAGAUGGCCGAAGUCGGUAAAACAGUGGAGGAGUUAAAAGACCUGUUGAUCAAAGAUAGGAUCUUAGAAAGUGUUUCGAGUGACGUAUACAGGCAACUAGUUUUGAGCAAGCACAGAACAGUAGAUAAUAUGCUAGAAGUUAUAGAAGGAUUUAAGGUAGCUGGUUCUGAUGUGUCCAUUUGUAAGGAAGAAAGUGUAUAUGUUGCAGCAGCAUGCAGUGAGUCGGAGUCAGAUGUGUCUAUUUGUAAGGAAGAAAGUGCGCAUGUUGCGGCAGCGUGUCGUGAGCCUGUGAGAAAUAGAAGUCCAGGGAUUGAGAGUAACUUAAUUAUUUGUUUUAAGUGCAAGAGGGGAGGCCACAAAGCGUCAGAAUGCCCUCAACGUUCGCAACUAAACUCUAGUCCUGCUUCUGAUGUUAGAUAUAGGAACGCACCCACAAUCUCCACUAACACACAAAGGCCCAGUAGAAAUGCAUCACAAGGUCGCUACCAAAGGCAGUUUGAUGGUAACGGUCGAAGAAUCCGCGGCAAUAGUGUGGGGAGACAAAGUUAUGCUACAUACGAGAAUUCUUACAAUAACAGGCACAGUAGAACGGGUGGUACUGCGGCAUACCAAAACAGAGAUCAAGGCCCAGGAGGGUCUUAUAGAUGA